CGUCAUCCGUCUCCCCGCCUCAGCCUCACCCUCGCGCCUCCGGCCGCCGCUCCUCUUAGGUGGGCCCUCCUACCACCCUUCAGCGACGCCAUCUGCGCCGGGGUUGACGGGGGCGGCGUGUGUGAGGCUCGCCCAGACUGCGCCGGUGAAUCAGGUCGGACGCGCUGGUGUUGACGGCGCCGUCAGGAUGCCGCAGCGGCAAAGUCAGAUGCAGGAUGCGACGGGCCUCCACGCAGGGGUCGAUAAUCAGUUUGUGAUGCUGCGCAACAGUACUCGGGAGAAAAUAUUCGAGUACAUAGAAAGGAAGCAACCAUCGGCUAUCUGGCGGGGGUGGCUGCCGGAGCUUGCGAGGCGGCUCGAGGAGGUCUUGUUUAGAGAAUACCCAAACAAGAGUGAGUACUACAAUAUGAUGAGGGGGCCGAUUUUGACCCACUUGCGGUUUGCCAUGAACCUCUUGAGUGUUCAGAACCAACAACAACAACAGAACCUACAAUUGUCAAGGCAGAUAACAUGCCCCCCUCGCAAUGGGACAAUGAUUGUGACACCUGGUGUCACGCAUGGCACGAGUGAAAAUUCUGGAAUGUCUCAUGUGACGGGCAACAUUGGCCCUCUGUCGUUUGGUGCAGACAUGGUUCCUCUGAACGCCAACAUGGGUACCUUGCUGCCGGGGGAAGCUCCUGAUGAGCAUGUGAACACACUGAUGUCUAUGGAGAUGAGCCCUACACACCAUGAUCGCCCCAGAGCAUGCAACAACAACCUCGUGAUAGACACAGUGGACACACCUGCAACCAACGGACUCUUGAAACCCCGUGUACCUGUGAAGGAGGCCCGAAAGGAACCAAAGUUCAGCUGCCCAGUCUGCAUGAAUGAGCUGGUCGAUGCGUCAUCGACCAUCUGUGGCCACAUCUUCUGCCAGAACUGCAUUGAGGCCUCCAUCCAGGCUCAGAGCAAGUGCCCGACCUGUCGUAGGACGCUAACCAGGAACAGUUUCCACCGCGUCUACCUCCCGACGAUGGACUAACCUGGUCCAGCCAUUCUGGGCAGAGCAGAGCCUUGGCACCUGUGCUCCUCUCUCUUCUGACAACUGUUUAUUUUCUCCACAUUGAUGACUAUCGCGACUCCUCAAGUGCCUCCUGCAACUGCCCCUCCCUCCACACUGCCUCCACCCAUGAGCAGCAUCAUAUGCCCCUAUAUAAGGGCAUCCAGUGACACGAUGAAGGGGACUUUCAAGAUCUAUCGAAGACCUAGUCUAGCCACUUAGCCAAACUGAUCUAGGCAUCUCGCCGAGAUCAACCAUCUAGAACUCGACGAGUUGCUCUUCAACUCAUCGAGACCCCCAUUGUAAUCAUUCUUUGUACUCUAUCUUCAGAUCAUCCCAUAUAAGCAAGGGUAGGGCCAUUCCUAGGGGCUAUAAACCUGGGUAAAACUUGUGUCCCAUAUUUAUCUGACACUUGUGGUUACUUUCCACUCUCAUACAUAUCUACCUGUGACUCUCCCUUCUUGGACUUCAAGAGAGUUUUCUUGCGUUUCAAAUUUUGCAAAGUUGGAAUGGUUGUGCCUUAAAGGUUUGAUCUACAUAUUUUAUUGGCAA